CAUCAUGCUGUGAUCUCAAGGCGAAUCUGUUGUUAGACCUCGAGAGGCCGCACCUUGGCUUCUCCUUCGCACCCUCGUAUUCCUACAAGUCUUGCGUCUCUCGUGCCUAGCUACACAGUCAAUUCGCAAUAUAUGAUUAGUGUGGGGACAGAGACAAAUCAUGUCGUCGAGAUUUUGCAUCAAGCGCUGUCAUCAACACGGAUAUUCUAUUGCUAGAGGCAGUGCAAGAUUCAUAGAAAUUCUCCUACCGAAUUCUCCUACCUUUAGUCUCACCGAAAUCAAGAGUCCACCAACGUACUGCCUUCUUUGGCCGUCAGGUGCGUUCAGCGAAUCUUCAAGACCCCACGCCUUCUACGCCGCUUAUGAUUGGUGCGCGACCCAAAAAGAUAGAAAUGGUCGAGCUUUCGUGUCGACCUUCGCGCUCGAGAAAUCUGUCGAUUUUCCCUUACAAAAUUGCCGUGCUGUAUUACAUUCUGUAUUUUCAGUCACGACUUCAAAAUUUGGGAGGCAGUGCACCGGAUCCUCAAAACGGCGGAGGCCGCUCCGUGUCACAAUUAUAUCAGAGUGGCUGAUGCCCAUCAAUGGUUGUCCUGCUGUUCUCAGCCCCCAACCAUGCCACAGGAGCAUUAUGAUUCGUCCCAAUCAAGAAACCACGGUCACGAGGGAGUAAUAAUCGGAGGACAUAGGCGGACCUGGUAAGAGAAACAUUGCCAUGACAGUGAAAUUGUGCAUUUAAGUUGUGUAAACAUCGCAGGAUAUUCAUGAAUAAGAAACCCGCCGGGCAUUUUCGUUCAAGGCUCUGAACGAUUACACUGUAGUUUCAAUGGGUGUCAAAUGUUCUCGCAUUGAAAACAUGUUAUACAUGCACUUCGUGUGAUCAUACAUGACGAGACUGUAGCUCAUGUAUGCGUGGCGCAAAAGUCAUCAACAUAACCAUUUUCCAUGGCGACCAGAACAUGGCGCGGACUGCAUGGCUGACGUUUCAUUGGUGCAAGCAGAGACACGCGAGAUUGUCACUCCUCGAGUGAUCCAGCAUAGACUGCCAGAGUGCAAGCCGUCGUGGAAAACGAGAGGCAGUGCCGCAGCUAUGCGGAAUUGGUACAUACAACG